UUUCAUUAUCUGCUCAUUCGAUCGAUAUCGAUAAUUUUCAUAGAUCCAAUACUUUCCCUUUAUUUCCAUCAAAUUUCUGUUCUUGAAUCCUAAACAUUAGAUUUUGAUUCUGAUCCUUCGUUUUUUUCUCAAAUGGCCACUGAAGAUCCGGUUGCGGCUGUCGAGGUCAAUACUGAACCGGCCACCACUGAAACUGUCGAGGAAGCACCGGCUACCAAGACCGGUAAGACCAAGAAGGCUAAGGAACCCAAAGCCAAAAAAGCCGCUGUACCUAGGAAACGUAGUCCACCAUCCCAUCCUCCAUACGAAGAGAUGGUCAAGGAUGCCAUUGUGAUUUUAAAGGAAAAGACCGGUUCAAGUCAGUAUGCGAUUACCAAGUUCAUUGAAGAGAAGCAGAAGCAGCUGCCUCCUAACUUCAAAAAGCUGUUGCUAUUCCAUCUGAAAAAGCUUGUAGCUGCUGGUAAGCUUGUGAAGGUGAAAGGAUCAUUCAAGCUCCCACCAGCAAGGUCAUCGGUGCCGAAACCUGCUUCUCCUGCUCCUGCUCCUGCUCCAGCCAAGGCCAAGAAGAAGCCAGCUGCUACCAAGCCUAAGGCUUCUGGCAAGCCAAAGAAAACCAAGUCGACGAAAGCGGCUGUCGCUACUCCAGCCAAGAAGAAGGCAGCUGCUAAGCCUAAGGUGAACCCAAAGCCAAAGGUGGCUGCCAAAGCUAAGGUUGCGCCUGCUAAGUCUAAGCCUGCUGCAAAGCCUAAGGCUGCUCCAGCUAGACCAAAGCCUAAGGAGAGGCCGGCUAAGGUGGCGAGGACAUCGACUAGGACUAAUCCAGGGAAGAAGCCAGCGGCUCCCAAGGCAGCACCGAAAAAGGCUCCUACUUCAAAGAAGACGCCGGCUAAAUCCGUUAAGCCGAAGAGCGUAAAGUCACCGUCAAGGAGGACUUCAGCUAAGAGGACUUCAGCUAGGAAGGGAAGGAAGUGAUCAUAACAUGGAGGCAUACCAUAGGCUUCAGCGCGUUUGUAGGGUUGUUUUGUAAAUUCGGUGCUGAUGAGGUGUAUUUGAGUCCAUGUGUUCUAGUUGGCCACAAAAAGAAGACAUUGGAUUUUUUUUUUAUGAGUUUUUUAAGGGAUUUCAAACAGUGUAAGUUGUAAGAUUAGUUCAACGAAUUUAGGAGAUCAAUUUUCCUUACAA